UUUAUGCUGUCUUUAUGUGCUUUUUGAAGCUUCAAAGUUUUGGUUACCAUUCACUUGCAUUGUAUGGACCAACAGAGAUGAAAUAUUUUUCAAAAGAUCUUUGUGUUCUGCAGAAGAAAGAAAUACACAUCAGGGAUGGCAUGAGGGUGAAUAAAUGAUGAGAUUUUUGGGUGAACUAACCCUUUAAGAGCUUCAAUGGGAUCUGAAUCCCUCCAGCUGUAUGAAGCACAGUUUUUCGGUUUCACCCCUGAGACCUGUACUUCACGAGUCCAUGAUGUCUUUCGAGAGUCCCUCAAUCACAUACUGGUGGCUGUUGAGUCUGUAUUUGUAAAGAGGCUGUGUCCUGGGCAGGAGCCGUCUGUAGAGCUCCACCUGAUAUCCAGAGAGAGCACCCAAAAGCUGCGGCAGUUCCUCCAGGAGCGCUUUGAAGUCGUGUUUCAGCGCAUGAAGGGGAUGCUGAUGGACCGUGUCCUCUCCAUCCCUCAUAACGUCUUACUGCCCAACGACCAGCUGCACCAGAAAUAUCCUGAAGGCAAAGAAGACCUCAUGAAGAUGCAGCACUCCGUUGCAAAACUGUGUAAGGCAUAUCAAGCUGAAGUGUGCGCCAAGCAAACACUUCUCGCUGAACUUAAGAAGCAGAAAGAGACGCAGAAACAGCUGGAUGAGGUGCUGAGAUGGAUCGAGGAGCUGCGGCUCUCAUGGAGACGAGAGGGGAUGGGAAGUGUCCAAGACGGGGUCCGACACAUGAUGGAGACUGUGGGUCAACUUCAAGAUGUUGUUGGAACGAUUACCCAACAAAAUAAAGGACUGGAUGAACUGUGAUGGUUUAUACAUAAUAUUCAAGACAACAAAUAAGAAUCAUAAGAGAUUUGUAGGCCAACCUGGAAGGCUCAUUCGCCCUCUUGAAUUUCCAAUGGGCUUUUAGAAUAGUAGCUAUCAUUUUAUGAGUAAAAUAAGGUCUGUCAUAAGCAUUACUUGAGACUUUCACAUUUUGCGAAAAUAAAUUAAACACAGGUAUAACUCUCAAGCUGCUGUACUUUAAAAAAAAUGUAUGUUGCUUAAAAGAAAUGUGCUGGAUGAAUCAUACGACCAUUGUAUGUAAUAACUUGCAUUUAAAAAAAAACAUUGGCUUCAAAGUUCACAUUUGAGGAAUGACUGUGUAAUAUAUGCUGUGAAACAAAAUGUGACAGACUCUUCCAAAAAGGAAUGACUUGUAAAUACUAAUUCCCUUCUGAGUUUUAGGACCAUACACUCUGGAUAGGUCUGUGUCAGGUUUCACAAGAGCCAUGGUGUAAUUACACGACCCAUCCACCAGGGUGAAGCAGUGCACAAUUUAUUUAUGCAAAGAUUUUCAAGUACAAUUGCAUUAACAUACAAGUGCUGUGAUCACUCGGAUUCAAAGCAGUACAUUUGUAAUCAGGCAAUUUUCCUCGGACGUUUGAAAUGCAGUCCAUCUCUCUCUCCUCCUCAAAGUCGUUGAGUUUCUCUCAUUUACGAUUCAGUCCCUUUGAUGUUCAGUACAGUCAGAUCUGCAUUCGAUUUGCCCAAUUUCCCACAGGCCCAAACUGAUGUCUCCAACAGCCUGGUUGGCUUUACACUCGAACAGCAACUUUUAUGUUGUUUAAAGUUUUAAGGUCCCUUGAUGUUCAGAGGAGAAAGGUUUUCACACGGGCUUGUACAGAGCAUCUGCCCCUGCAGGGAAGGACCCAAAGUCUGUACAUAGUCUGCGACUAAAAUGCACUACUUGAGUUACCAAGAGCCAGUGUUAGUCCGGAAAGCCAACAUUUGAAAUAAAUGAA